AUGGAGCAAGAGAUGAAAGGGAAAAAGCUCAGCCACAACCCCAACCUUAGCUGUAGCCUCAAAAGGACGGCAGGAGGAAAUAGAACCCUGAGGAAAAAACGACCAACUGCCACCCCCAACCCUUACUUUGGGGACCCUCAUCUCCGCAGAGACACCCUCAUCAGCCAGCACUCAGCUCAGCCCUACGCCGAUCUCCAGGACAAUCAGAUGUUCCAAGGUCUACGUGGGCACCGCGAAGUCCCCGAAAGGGAGUGGGAAUGGGAGAACUGGGGACGGAGUAUCGAGACCCUACUGGAGUCACUCCAAUCCCCGGGCCAGCUGAGCACCGACAACCUCUUCCACAUCCUCAAGACUCUGGAGCAGAAGAUCAUCAAUUCCAAGAACAUGAACACAACCCAGGGGCAGAAAGUGACGGACAGCAUGAUCAGAAUCCUGGUGAAUAUGAAGCCGCAAGGAGAAUUGGAGGAAUUGGCCAGCUAUGUCAUCGUGGCUGUGGGGCUCCAGUGCCCAGGAACUAUCAUCAUGAAGCUGUGGGACAAGGUGCAGCUGCAGAGCUUGCCCCCUCGGGGCCUCCUGUUGGCUAUGGCGAAGCUUAGCUGCAAAAUUGUCAUGGUGCCUUAUAUUGGAGCUGCGUGGGACUGCAUUCUGCCCAUCCUGCGCAAAGCCCAGGCUGAAGAGGACAUGUUGGCGUUGUGCAGCUUGCUGCAUGGAUUAGCUGCCAGUGCCCACCAGCACUUAGAGAUGGGCAGCGAGGACGAGUUCUUGUUGGACAUCACGCGCGAAUCAGUGGCCAUCAAGGCGACCUUGACUCUGAGGGUGCUCUUCAACCGUUGGCCCCUGAAGCAUAAGAACAAGGUGACAGAGGCAACCCUGGACAUGCUGGGCAAUCUCUUCUUCCUCAUGCGGCCGGAGAAGCUCAAGUGCCAGUUGUCCUGGCUGAUCCGGCGGCUGUUGGACCUGUCCAAGUUGGGUUUGGAGCCUCUCUACAUUACCAAGUGUCUCUGCUCCCUUCUGGAAGCUGUAGUAGCCAGUGGGAGCGGGAGUGUGAACCUGACGUCCCACCUAAGCAGUCUUCUGACUCUGCUGUCUGGACAGGUGGCCGCUAAGGUGGUCAGCUCGGCCCCGCUGGCGGAGAAGAACCACAUCAUGGCGCUGAAGGCUUUCCGAAUCCUGACCCAGCUGUAUAACGAGCGCAUGAUCAAAUUCCUCCGAAGAAACUUAGAGAACAAGGACGUGACCCGAAUCAACAAGGCACUCCAGAUUUUCCGGUACGUGGUGCUGGAAGUGCCCCAGACAGAGAAGCUGAUGGUGCAGGUGAUGCCAUCCGUCAUUCACCUCAUCCAGGACAACAAGGAACCAGUGAGGAGCAACCUGCUGCAGCUCAUCGAGGCCCUUGGCCAGGGCAGGUACUUCGAGUGGCCCGAAGGAGAGGUGAUCCUGGACUAUAUCCUCCAGCUCAGCGUGCCCAAGCCAUCAGAAAGUCAGAGAGAGUUGGAGAUUCGACUUACGUCCAUCAACAUCUUGCAUCUGGUCCCCCUGCCCAGGCUGGUGACCCUGCUGUGCCAACCUCAACAUGCCGCAGCCUUCGUGCCCCUCUGCAAGACGGCCACCAACAUAGCCCUGAGGGCCCGGGCCUCUGGCGCCCCUCCCUACCUCAGCUAUUUCCACUGCCAGCCCACCAAGCUCCCAUCCCCACAGAUGCUCCUGACACACCUCCUGCUGCACGCCCUGGAGCCCUUCAAAGGAGGAGAUUAUGGAUCUGUCACCUUGUGGCUGUUGCAUUCCCUUCACCCCCUCAAUUCUGCUCACCCCGUUCUUCACUACACCUUGGGUCAGCUGUGGAUUCAAGAGAUCCCGCAGCUGCUGCAGUUCCUGGAAGGGCACAACGAUGGAAGCCUGAAGAAACAGGAGUGGGAGAAGAAGCUGCUGCAAUUUGCAGGCCGCUCGGUGGAGGGCAUCGCAGAUGACUCCUGGCUGAAGGACUUGUGCAGCGUCAUCCUGGAGAGGAUCCAGUGUCAGCAGGAGCCGGCACAGAGGAAGGCCUUCCUAUACAAGCUCUACGGCUCCACUCUGAGGGUGGCCCGGGACCCUGAGGUGGUGAAGACCCUGCUGGCUGUCAUGCUGAGCACUUCCCACACCAAGGAGAUUGAGAAACAGGGCAUCGCUGCCACUGUCAGUCUGGUGUCCACCCUCCACCUCAGCGUGGUUCUCGAAGUGCUGCAGGACUUCAGCUCCACGCUCGUCAAUGGGAACCAGUCCAACAUCUGCAAUCUCAGCAUUGAUCAGCAGCAGCCGGAGUGGAGGAGCCUCUUCCACACCAUCUACCUGUGCUACAGCCAAAUGGCCGUGGAGACCCAGACAGCUAUCCUGCCCCACGCCGACUUCAUCCUCACCCACAUGUUGGAACAUUUCCACAGCUGCAUUGUGGUCAAGGACAGAAACCUGAAGCUGAGUUACCUGAGCGGUCUGGCCAUGUUCACGGAUGUCGUGGGAUCCCUGGACCACUGUGAAAACUUUGACUUCCCCCACAAAACUUCUGUGGUGGCCUCCAUGGUGGACCUGAUCCGUGAGGAACCACUGACAAAGCUAGUCAGUCCUGUGCGGCAGCAGGCAAUGACUGUCAUCUACAUCUUCAGGAAGCUGAAGCCCCCUUUGGUAAUAGAGCAGAGGGUGGAGGUGCUCAAGACCUGUUUCAGCAGCGUCUUGUCUCUCCCUCCGGUGGACGUGAUGGCGAAGGAGGCGUCCGGCUCCCCGAGUUCCCCAGACACCAUGGUUCUGUACUCAGAUACUCUGCAGGCUUUGAGAAAAAUGCUGGAAGGACUGGUCAUGGAAUUGCCAAGUCGUAUCCAGAACUGCUUGGAAAACCUGGACCCUUGGCUUAACUCCCAGAAAGACCAUGAGCGGGAACGGGCCAUGUGGUGCAGCGUGCGCAUCCUCAGCUUCGCGGCCAAGCCGGCCAACUUCAACGAGGUGAUGGAGUUCAGCCGGUUGGGCCGGCUCGUGCGGCUGCUGGCCAUGCGUUGCCAGGACCCCGUGGACAACAUCAGCUAUCUGGCCUCCCAAGCGGUCUACUACCUGCACUGUAUUCUGCUGCACAAGAAGAGAUUGGAGCGGCAACAGAAGGGGGAGCGGGCCGAGGGAUCCAAGGAAGAGGGUAUCUACAGUCCCUCUGUGUUCUUCAACAACACUCCCGAGAUUGCCAAGGCCUUCGCAGAGUACUUUACUCCAUCUCAGCUCACCACCCUGGUGCUGACAGCCGUAGAUGGCCUGACGGACAAGCCGGCCUAAGGUCUCCCUGGCAGCGGGGCAACUGCUCAGAUCCAUCCUGCAGGAGCGGGGCAGAGACGUGCUGAAGAUCGGAGACAUCAUCGACAGCAUCUAUGAGCGGCUCAGCACCCCUGGUGGACAUGGCUUCUCGGCAGGAGGUGCUGGCGGGCUGUUUGUGUGCUCGCUGGCAACAACACCCGAAAGUGGUGCCGCCACCCUACUAGCCCGGCCCCUGCCCUGGGCAGGUAUGGGCGUUUCUUCCGCUGCCCCUCCACGUCCGCCGCCCCACUGAUCUAACAGGGAUGGGGAACAAUGCCUCCUCCCCAACCUGAACCCAGCACUCCUCCCUCUCUUCUUCUUGGGCUGCUUCCCAGUCCUCCGGUCCCCUUGCUUGGGCCCUCUCUCCAGUAGCCCCUUGAGGGACGGGGGACCGCAUCUAGU